AUGAAACAGGCUACGAGAGUUGGAUUUUGGAAUGAUAGAACUUUGAGAGAGAUAGGGAAAAUGAGGCAACUGGAGAGAGAAAUGGACAACUAUAGGUUGGACUUACUUGGAGUCAGCGAAUCUAGAUGGAGUGAUUUUGGUGAAACUCGAACUAGUGGAGGCAAAACUUUCUUGCACUCAGGCCAAGUUGAGGCAUAUCGUAAUGUCAAGAGGUAUAUGUGCGAGGAGACAAAAGAAGAUGGGUUGAUGAACUGGUUCAGGAAGCAGAAGAAGCUGCAAGACAAGGAAAUAGCAAAAAGCUUUACGACAUUACAAGGAAACUGGCAAAGAAAAACUUCGCUAGAAAAAACCCAGCAAGAAGUAGCCUAA